UAAGGAUGGUGGUGGCAGAUUUCACAGAUUUCUUGGGCCAACCAGAAUGGAAGAAACAAGGUAGAUGCUAAAAAACAUAAUAACCAGCAGAGGAAAUAACAGAGGACCAAACUUCUAUACAGUCGUUUUGAUGCUUCUGUUCAUACAUUUAAUCCAAAACAAAAUUACAGUCUGAUGUCUGGUUUAAAGAGCCACUCUUAACAGCAUUAUCUAGCUUUAUGGUCAGAACUUAGAAAAGGAUAUCAUAAAAUGGAGUAAACUAACCUUUUUGGAAGCACAUGGAAAGCCCACUGAAUCGGUGCAUGUACUAGUUGGACAAUGUCCAGUCUGUCUUUGUUAAGUCGUGGUACUGGGCAGGUGAUCAGAAAGAAACAAGAGAAGCUGGAGGUACAUUUUGAUCCUGAGGAUUAUUUGAAUUGGACGUCUCCUGAAACCCAUUCCCAUAUCAGUCAACUACUGGAUAGCAGUCAGGUUGUGGAGGGAUCCUGGAGACUGCAUCUUCCUAAAACCUACAGCACCAGAUCAGGUGCCUUAGUUCUCUACUCUGAAGAUCUAGCCAAACCAUCAAAGAGACAGAAACAAUGCAGAAAGUUCCCAAGAAGAGUAGGAACCAAAAGUCAGACUCUGCAUGUUGAACUUCACACUCUCCAAGAUUUGGCUUGCGCCAUCUUGGCAUAUGGUGGGAAAGAGCUACAGACAGAUAAGAAAGAGAUUGCUUGGCGGCCAUAUCUUCACUUCCUAAGUGAGCCAUAUCUCCGAACUGACAGACAGAUGAGACCAGGCUAUUCAGCCAAGAGGUAUCUUCUCAAACUCUCCCAGACCUGGGAUCCAAGCAUACUACAAAAGCUUCAGAAUGCAGGAUAUAUUAAGGACCCCUUGUUGCUUCAGGAAGAUUCACAAGAUGACAGAAAGAAACAACAAGAUCUGUCAGCUGUUCCACCAAAAUAUAAUCUUCUUCAUAUUUUCUGCUCACCUUGCCCAUAUAUACAGAGCCUUGGUUCUUCGUCUCUGAAGCAAUAUGAGAAUAAAGUCAAGCUGCUGGAAAACUCUGAAGAAAAACAUGUCAGAGGAAGAGCUCGAAUUCCUUUAAGGAUUUCAGUCAGAAAACUGAGCUUUCACCUGAGACGGCAGCAAACAAAGGAGACCACCAGGAGCCAGGAUACAGCAUACCAAGGGAUCCCAGGGGAGAGAUGGGCAGUGGUUCACCAAGUUGAAGCAGCCACUAAGGAGGAACCAGACCACAGUGAAAGACCAAAUCUCUCUGUCCGUUAUCCAACUUUGGCAAAUACCAUUAUUGACACUUCUGAUCUAUGGUGUGAGCAACCUCAUGUGACUUUCUAUGGAGGUUUUUUCCCUGGAAGAAAGAUCUCUUACAAUGUUACCCAAAGACAUCUGAAGAAUACUGAUGGAAGAAAAAGUGGGGCUCCUUCAGUGGAGACAGGUUUGUUCCCUCCUAUCCAUCCAGGAGCAAGCUCAGAGAGAGGGGGAGUCACAAAGGAACAUAGGAAGCAGGUGCCAGAGAUUUUCAGGUUGCCUCAGAUAUCUGAAGACUCACCCAGGGCUCCUUGGAAAAAAAACUACAUGCAGUGAACUCUCAAAAGAGCUUGUUGUCCUUCCAUUGCUGGUUCAUUUGGGAAGGGAGACCCAAACUAAAGUGAAAAAGCUAAAAGGAACCUAUUGUAAUGAACCACAAACUGAGACUGAUGCCUGUAAUAAAGACUUGACCCCUUUGCCAAAUGAUCUCAUUUUGGAAUCAGACCAUAAAAGGGAACAAGAACAUGUGACCAGCAGUCGAACUACAGAUUCUUCCCAAGUCAGUUUCUGCUUACCUCCAAUAGGUAACCAAGAGUACGUUCUUAGUAGGAGGAAGACAAGGAAGGCAGAGGUGUGUGCUGAAAACAGCAAGUAUGAAAGAGAAUGCCAUAAAGGCACUUCACUCAGCUGUCUCAUCAAGUGUCCUGAUAGAGAAAUAAUCUGUCCAUCGGUCUUGGGAUCCAUCCAAACUACUGAUGAUCCCCGGCAAUUUGGACUGAUUCCAAAUGAAGAAGCAAGGGAGACUGAAGUACCAGCUGAAACAGGAAUGGUUUCCAGAAAUCUCCCUGAGACCUCCUUGGAUGUUCAAGAACUAGAUGGGAAGGAGGUCUCCCAGACUCAACAAAUUGGGAACAGGAAUGGUUUCCAAAUUGAACAAAAUACCACAGGAAUUGAGAGCAUUUCUGUUGAAUUCAGAAAAGGCAAUCGGCAAAGCCAAGGUGGUCUCUCCAAAAACAGCAACCUGCUGCAAAAUGAGGAGGAAACCAAGUCUUUCACCUUGCCACAGACACAGAGCCUAAAGCAGCAGAACAUGGAUAACUUUGUGCAAGAUACAAGGAGACAGCUGGAGACCCUUCCUCAACCACACAGCCUCUUGCACCUGAAACCACACCUUGCCCAUUCACUGAUCUUGGCAUCAGAGAUGGAGAGUGUCCCUGAAUCAGGUAAUGCUGUCAAUAAGCUUCUUGACCAUGGCAUGGAAAUUAAAGAGAGCACAAGAAUGGACUUGCCUUCUUCUGAAAAGGAAUUUAGAUCUGAAGAACAUAAAAUGGCUUUACCAAAGAAAAGCAACAAGCACGUGAAGGACAGCAGCCUCAAUACAGCUGCAAAUGUUUUGGAGAACAAGCCAAUGCUAAGACAGAAAAAACAUGAAUUGGCGAAAACUGGAGUUGUUUCAAAAGUACAGAAAAAGAGUGACAAGAAAGAUAGUCGCCAAAGACAGAAAGAAUUUGUUGUAGGAAAACCAAGACAGAAAAAGGCUGCUGGGAAAAAAGUUGAAUUUUCCAAAGAGAAGCCAGCAGAAGUCAGAAGAUCAGAAACUAUUGAGGAACCACUCCAGGAGGAAGGAGAAUGGGGAGGAGAUGCUGAUUUGGAGCAGAUUGAUUCUUUUUGUGAUGGAGAAGGGGAAGCUGGAAAAGAAAAAGAACCUGGUGAUGAUGAUGAUUUGGGAGGCACUUCUGACCAAAGUCGCCCUCCUUCCACACCUCUCCAGGAGGAGCAUCCCUUGCCACUGCAGGAGGGCCAGCCUUCUCCUGAACAAGAUGGCCACUCUUUUGUAUCUCAUGUCAACCCUGCAAACAACAAACCAAUUGUUCUCCAUCCCAUAGUUCCUGUUGCAAAUGAAUAUCAGAAUGAUGUAGUCCACAACAAGGGAGUUCCAGAGGAUCUCUCUCAAAACAAAGAAGAGGAGAGAUUGUCACGGGAAAAGAUCAUAGCAGAGAGGGCAGAGAAAAGACGGCUGGCAGUAGAGAGAAAACGAAGGGAGCAGGAAGAGCAGAAGCGGCAGGCACAAGAGCAGCAGGAGCGCAUGGAGCGAAUGAAGGAAGAAAUGCAGCAGGAACAACAGAGAAGAAUCGAGGCGAUACGCUUAAGAAAGCAACAGCUAGAAGAAGAGCGUCGGCGUCAGGAGGAGGAGGCUGAAAGAACGCGACAAGCUGAAAAGGCAGCCCAAGAGCGUAUUCGGCAGCAGCAAGAGGAGCAUCACAGGAAACUUCUAGAAAUGCAGAAGAAAAAACAGGAGGAGGAACAAGAACGUGCAGAAACAGAAAAACGCAGACAGAAAGAAAGGGAAAUCCAACUAGAGGAAGAACGCCAACGCCUAGCUGAGAUGGCAGAGGAGCAAAGAUUGGAGUAUGAAAAAAAGAAACAGGAAGAAGAGGAGAAAAUGAGGCGCGAAGCUGAAGAGAGAAGAAAGAGAGUUGAGGAAGAGGCAAGACUUGCUUUAGAGGAAGCAAGGAAGCAUGCAUUGUUACUGGCAAGUCAAUUUCUCUGUUUCCAGACAAAGGGAAGAGUUGGAGAAGCAGCAGCAGUUCCAGUACAAGCUGCUUGUGGAAGCCACUGGCCUGGAACGAGGGCACAACAUUUCCCGUCCGUGGGUUUACUCCUAUUUCCAGCAUAGUUUUUUAAAGGUGGGAGAUGAUGAUUAAAGAACAUGCAUACAGUUCAUUUUUUUUCUGACAAUUACCACCACUAAGAGGCAGUAGUCAUUUUCAUCUAUCCCAACUUUCAAUUCUACAAACAAUAGGAGAGGGGGAAAACCUGCUCUGGAUUCUUGAUCUAUUUUGGGUCUUCAAGUCUAAUUUCUUGGAAAGAGGGACUUAAGCUUUCACAAGCUUGCAAGAUUCUUCGCAAACUUCAAACAAGUGAGCUGCUCAUCAAGUCUGAUGAAGAUGUAAAUCAACUGUACUGUACUCUAAAACAGCCAUGUUAAAGUAGCUUGGCCCAAGACAAGAUGACAUUUCUUCCCCAAUUCCACAUAUACAGGUUGCAUUUUGGGCUGAAUAUUAGUUCUACACUAGUUAGGGAACAGCCUUUUCCGCACAGGACAACAGGCUGUUUUAGGGGAUCAGAUCAUGCAAUAUAGUCAGGAGAAUCUUGAUGCUGUUCCUCAGCAUCUGCUGCCUGAAGCAAUGGCCUCAGUCUGCAUAAUAGGACUGGCUCUGCAACACAGCGGGUCCAUAGAUAUGUGGCCUGCAUGCUGGUUGUUAGCAGUGACUCUUUCUAGCAAUGCAAAGAAGCAUGAAACUCCGUACAUUUUGUUGUAUGUAGCAGGGUGGGUGAAUGGAGGGAUGUUACAGCUGGGAUAAUGCUGAAAACACAUAGAGGUCCCACCGCUGAACCAAUGGGGAGGAGAAUAGAGAACAGCACAAGAGCUGUUCUCCAGUUUCCUAUUUGGGUAAAGUGACCUCCCCUCUUGUAAACAGCUUCUUCAAUGACUGGAAGCAGGUGCUUUCUCAGAGUUUGAGGAGUAACAUACUCUUCCUGAGUACAAUGACAGUCUCUCCUUUAAAGUUUAGAAUUAGCUUACAGUUGUAAACCACUUAGAAACUGUUUAGGUGGUAUGAAGUGAUAUAUAAAUGAAGCUGCUAUUGCUAGAGUACAUGAAUGACCUGGCCCUGAAAGCAAGGAAAUGCUUCCAACAAUUGAAAGAACAAAUAUCAUGGUUUAAGGACCUGUUGUUUGAUGCAUUCAAGAUUAAAUUUCA